GAAGCUUUGUUUGUGAAUGUUCGCGUCGACUAGGCGUCGGGCGCGUCUAUCUGUCACGUUGCUAGGACUAGUGGGCGGCGUUUAGGAAAUCCGCAAUGCUAGCGGCCUGUAAAGACACUAGCAUGAGCAAAAGCACCGCGCUGCGAUGCGCGGCGCAAUCGACACCGCUCGCGCACCACAACACACGAGCUUCAGCCGGGGCUCCCUCUCAUCGUCCUGCGCCGUUCCAGGCCUCAAAGGGCAGCCAUUACCGGAGCUCACUCACAGGGCAGCAUUUCGGCAGUAGAGCAGGACAAUGGAGGAAGCCGUGCGCAGCGGCUACGGCGCGCUGGGCGCGGCCAUCGAGCUGGAGCACAAGCGGGCGGCCGCGCGCAUGCGCAAGCCGCGCAAGCGGCUGCAGCGCGCCGCGCGGAGCCUCGCGGAGCGGCUGCCGCAGAGGCUGCUGCCUUUGGUCUGCGCGGUCGUUCUGGUGGUUGCGAUGGCGUCGUACCGCGCGACGCGGGCGUCGCCGCAUGAAGUGGCCGUGGCGAGCCUAGCGGAGCGAGAAGCGGCGCUCGCGGCACGAGAAGCGGCGCUCGAAGAGCGAGAAGAGCAGCAGGACGAGGAGGAGGAGCCGCGACCGAAGCCGAUGGCACGCCGCCCAGUUAUUACAGAUCGGCGCGCGCUCAUCGCCAAGGCCGUGAAGCGCGCGCAGCAGGGCAUCGACGGGCGCCUGCCCUACUUCCUGCACCUGCACAAGGCCGGCGGCACGACGGUCUGCCACGUGGCCCGCAUGUCGAACGAACUGAACGCCGCGAAGCGCAACUGCAACGCUCCCGGCGACGGGCCUCGAACCUUAAGCAGCGCGCCGUUCGGCUACGCCAACAAGAAGUUAGACGGCCACUGCAAGCUGCGGCGGCAGGAGGCCCUGAAGCGCCAGGUCGACUUCCUGGCCGUGGAGCGGUGGCUCGACACCAGGACCUUCGCGUCGUGUCAUACGUCUUUUUUCUUCGUUACGGUCCUCCGAGAGCCGGUGCAGCGCAUCGUCAGCCAUUGUCGGUUCGAGCACAUCUCGGCGAAGGAGGCGCUGGCCUGGACGCGGCUGCCGUCCGUCGCGGCGGGCGCGGCCGGGACGCCGAUUCAAAGAGGAGCCGCGGUCGUGGACAACUUCUACGUGCGAAGUUUGCUGGGCGGCGACGUCUACGAGACGACGCCGCCCGGGAAGAUCACGGCGGCACACGCGUCGCAGGCCAUCGAGGUCCUCUCCGACUUCGACGCCGUCUUGAUCUUGGAGAACCUGGACCGGGGCUUCGACCAGCUCUUCCACCGGCUGGGCUGGUGCCGUCCAAAUAAUGCGGAAUUGAGGCAGUCCUUCGGGCCCGGCGACGAGACGAUCCACUUCUCCGCGGAGGAUCGAAGAAAGUUGGCGAGGCUCAACGUGCACGACCACGGCGUCUACAACUUCGCGCGGGAGCUCGCCGCGGCGCUGGAGCGGGACCUGCCGCCCGCGGACGUCGGCCAGCCCUACCGCGCGUGCCGCGCGAAGCGGCUGCGGAGCCGCGGCGGCUACGCGCGGCACCAGCCCUACCAGCACGAGUACCCCGCGACCUAACCUACUUCUAGUACCCUGGCGUCGUCG